AUGGUGUCGGCCAUCGGGAAGGGCUCCUUCGGCCAAGUGUUCAAAGCCAUCCAUAAAUCACCUGCGAAUGGAAGCGCUGCCGAGGAAUGCAAAUACUGUGCCAUCAAAUCGAUUGAGAAGAAGUGUUCGCCAAAUUUGGGCAAAAUCUUGACCGAAGUGUCCAUUCAUUUGCGGCUCAAAAACGACAAUAUUUUGCAAUUAUUUAAUAGAAGAGCACGUAAUCCCACUCCCGAUUGGGACCACAAUAUGCGGUACUCCGGGCUUCAUAUCGCCGGAGGUUUGGUCUCAUUACGUUUGGCAAAGCGGCUUCUCACUAUAAAAGUCAAACCCAAGUUAAGACAAGCGUACAUAACGGCCGAUAUGAGGGAUUUAAGCAACUUUUCUCCGUUUGCUUGCGAUCUGAUCUGUCGUCUGUUGGCCCCAAACCCUACGGAUCGGCCACUCAUUGAAGACAUACUGAAUCAUCCAUUAAUUGAAGGCCCGCUUACAACCGAUCGAUUGCUUUCCAUUAAUAAGACCACUAAAGAUCUGCAGUUAGCCAUCGAUACCGACGGAAACGAGUUCCAAAGGGAGCGAAACAGGACUGGAAUCGAUUGCUUUCCCAUUUGUUUUGGCAGAAAAAGCAAAAUCAAAACCGAAAGCACGCAAACACUUUCAACACAACAGCCAUUCAUAUCGAGUCAGAUCUUGAGAUCCAUUCAAAUCGAUGGCAUUGGAGAAGCGGCUCAGUGGGAACACGUGUUUGCCGUUCAUAUUCAUAAGAAGUCCUCUUAAGCCGUACUCUCGAGACUAAUGGCGAGUAAACGUAAAGGAAAGCAAAAGGAAGAGCAGCCGGUCCUCGCUUUGGGACCGCAGGCUCUGGAGGGCGAGAAUGUCUUCGGCGUCGCCCAUAUAUACGCCUCGUUUAACGACACCUUCGUUCACGUGACCGACCUUUCGGGCCGCGAGACCAUCGCUAGAGUGACCGGCGGUAUGAAAGUGAAGGCCGACAGAGACGAGGCGAGUCCGUACGCGGCUAUGUUGGCCGCUCAGGACGUGGCCGAGAAGUGCCGCACAAUCGGCAUCAACGCUCUGCACAUCAAAUUGAGGGCAACGGGUGGCACCAGAACUAAGACUCCCGGUCCCGGAGCUCAGAGUGCUCUGCGAGCGUUGGCCCGCUCUGGCAUGAAAAUCGGUCGCAUCGAGGACGUGACACCCAUUCCGUCGGACAGCACCAGAAGGAAAGGCGGUCGUAGAGGAAGACGUUUGUAAUUGUAAUCAAUCAUUGAUUGGAAUUAUAAUAAAAACAUUUAAUAAAUUGUUUUGAAAAUA